AUGUACCCGACGUGGGGUUUGUACGGGGCGGCCCCGGGGCCCUACCCGCCGCCGCCCACGAUGAUGCCGCCUCCACCGUUGCCUGGGCCUCCGCCGGCCGUGCUCUCCUCCGCCCUGCCGCCGCAGGGCCCUGGGGGGCCGCCGCCUUACGCGGCCUCCUCGGCGGCUGCCGCCGCUGCCCCAGUGAGCGGCUCGUCGGGCUUUCUGAGCCUGCAGGAGCAGCACCUGGCCCAGCUGCAGCAGCUCCAGCAAAUGCACCAGAAGCAGCUGCAGUCGGUGCUGUUGGGGGGCCCCCCUCCGCCCGGGGCGCCUCCGCCCAGCCUGCCGCCGCCUCCCCUGCCCAGCGCCUCGGCCCCUGCGACCUCCUGGCAGCCGCCUGCCCCCCCCGGGCCCCCUCCCGCCCGCACUUACCAGAACCAGUUUAAGCACCGCGACCCGCCGCUUCCUCCUCGCGACCCGCCGAUGCGCAACCCCCCAUUGCCCCCUUUGCCCCGGACGGAGGAGACCGGGGAGCCGCCUCAGGCUCGCCAGGAGUGGGAGAGCGCCGCCCCCUCGGACAGCCCCGACAUGGACAUGGACUUGUCCUCUCCGCCACAGUCGCCCACCCAGUCUUACCUGUCCCCCCUCGAGGCUGACUCUUACGCCCUUGCCUCUCAAAUCCUGCCCUCGCAGACCCACACUCCCCCACCUCACUCUUUCCAGGCCCAUUCGCAGUUGCCUCAGGGGUUUUCAGAACAGCCUUUCGCCGAACCUCCUCCUGCAGCGGUUUCUCAGUCUUACUUGUCCCAGCCUUACCAACCCACUUCCCAGCCGUCGUCUUCCCAGUCAGUUCAGUCCAGUGCUCCCGCGAUCUCCCAGUCUGAAUCUCGCUUCGCCUCAACCCAGAUUUCACAGCCUGCCCCUGAACCCCAAGAGUUCAGACUGGGCAGUGGAGAGAACGCAGAUAACAGGUGUGAGCGACUGCAAAGCGCCUCCCGUGCAGACCUCUCCACAAUGACUCCCCAGGAACAGCAGCAAUAUUGGUAUCAACAGCAUCUGCUUACUCUGCAGCAGAGGGCAAAAGCACAUGCACUGGGACAGCAGCUGCCACAAGAUCUAGGCGUUGCAAAUGAUGCUCCUGAGCAGAGGCAAGAAGAAAGGGAAAAAUCUCUUUCUGACCAGCUUUCUGAGCCCGCCUUGCAUUGCGAACCCCUAUUACCUCAUUCCAAAGAUGAUGACCUUCCUUUGUCAUCUGUUGAACCCAAGCUGACCAUCAAACCACCAGAGGACCCUGAGGAAAGUUUAAGGUUGCAGCAGCUGCAGGCAGCAGCGACCCAAUGGCAGCAGCAUCCACAGCAGCGAGUGGGCUUCCAGUACCAGAGAAUUAUGCAAAAGCAUACACAGUUGCAACAGAUUCUGCAUCGCUAUCAACAGAUCAUACAACAACCACCACAUUUGCCUACAAUGUCAGCAGAGAUGCAGCUACAGCAUUAUGAGACACAGCACAAAAAAUUCCUGCCUCUUUAUAAAGAGUGGGAACGGGAAUUUCAGCAGUGGCAGGAUCAGCUCCAGGCCUAUCCUCACAAGGACCAACUUCAUGAGUGCGAGAAACAGUGGAAGAUGUGGCAGGGGCAGAUGAAAGCCACGCAGAACCACUUGCAGGAAAAAUUGAAGUCCCUUCGAAAGAUGAGCAGUCAAUAUGCUGGGGGUACAACUGUUCCACCUCAGUUUUCUCCAUAUUCUCAAACCACUCAAGGUGGAAUGCCUAUUAUGCCCUCUACUUUGCCCUCAGCAACGCUGUCUGUAACAUCCACCGGGUUCUCUUCUGGCUCUCACGCAUCUGAUAUAUCCGGUCCCAAAGACUCUGGUCCUCAGAGUACCCAGAUCACUGAAACUGCAAGGCCAGCCCCGUUUUCUUCCUCAGCUGCUUUUCCUUUUAAAUCGGCCGAGUCGCCUGCCUCUUUCCAUGCAACAGAGGUCACCAGGCCAGCUCUCCUUCGUACUCCCACAUCUCCUCCUUAUACAUUUAAAGCAACAGAGUCACCUGCUGCCUCUCAGACCAUGGAGACAACCAGGCCGGCUCUCCUUCCUACCCCUGCUAGUUCUUCUUUUUCAUUCAAAAUGACCGAUUCUUCUGCCACCUCCCAAGCCACUGAGACAGGCAGACCAGCUCUCCUUCCUACCCCUGCUAGUUCUUUUUCAUUCAAAAUGACUGAUUCGCCUACCACCUCACACGCCAUUGAGACAGCUAGGCCGGCUCUACUUCCUACUCCUACCCCUUCUUCUUUUUCUUAUAAAGCUUCAGAUUCAUCUACCACAAUGCCUUACCACUCGAACGUGACAUCCUCGGCUAGUUCUUCUGACCAAGGCAGUUCUUGCAUUCCUCUGGGCAAACAGUCAAUGCCAUUUGGUUCUGUCUCAUCUGAACUUGGCUCUGCUGAAGUGAAGCCCCCUUCUACGGUGUCCUCAUCAUCUGCAGCCACCACCACUGCCACCACUACCUAUCAGAACAAACCAGUGAGAUCAGCUGGGUUUCCUGAAUCUCCCAGAGGGCCAUGCUUUGAUGGCCCCAGGGGUCCAAGGUUUGAUGGACCACGGGGAAGGAGCUUUGAGAGAUUUGAAGCUCCAAGACAGAGAGGGCCCCAUUUUCAGGGCCAGCGCUUAGAAGGCCCAAGGCCAAGACUUCAAAAUCAGCAAAUGGAUGGGUCUUCCAGCAAACAGGGGACAAUCCCCCGGGGCCCAGCAGCAGCAUUCUAUUCUCCUCCAAGUGCAUCGCCAAUGCAGGCUUCCCAAACAGGUGGACCGCAGUGGCGGGGGUCUAGGCCUCUUUCAGGUCAGCAGCAUCCUCAAGCAGAGGGUCACGACACUUUUGGUGACGUGGCCAGCAGUCAGGCAGCUGCAAACCAUUCUAAACCUCCACUAGAUAGAAAAAAUUCUGGUCAGCUUCAGCCAGGUAAAGGCCCGUCUAACAUGCACCAAAAUACAUCCAGAAUAGAUGGCAAAGAAGUGGCAUCAGAAGCCAAAAAAUGGAGCACCACAGAGGCUGGGCGGCAGAUAGAAGCAUCCAAAGCAGCUGCUUCUUUGUCAUCAGUUUCUGCUCAUCCUCCAAAACCAGGAGGGAAAGGAGCAUUGCUGCCAAAGCCAGGACUCGGAAAUAAAGACUUGAACGCCUCAGAGAGUAAAUUGGCUUCAUCUGAAAAUAAUCAGAACAAGGAACCAUCUAAACUAGAAGGCAGAGCAAGGGGGCAAAUUAAGCCAGGAGAUAACCAAGCAACAGGACCAGCUGGCAGAGGUAGGGGCCAGGGUAGGAUAGAGGAUACGAGAGGUAGAGGCCGGGCCAGGGGCAGGGGAAAUCCAAAUAGAGGUAGAGGCAGAGGUCAAACUAGAGAUGUAGCAGGCAGAGGCUUAAACAGUGGGGCAGAAAUCCAUGAGAAGCUGCCAGAUAGACAGUCAGGCAGCUGGGAAGCAGGCAACCAGGAGAGAGUACUGGGCAGGAGAUCCAGGAGCCAGGACAGAGGGUUACCAGCUAGAGAUAGGGAGCCAGGUCAUCGGAUGGGUAGCAGAGAGAGAGGCCGUGCAAGUAGCCGGGAGAGGGAACCAGUCAGACGGCCUGGUAGCCGGGAGAGGGAACCAGUCAGACGGCCUAGUAGCCGGGAGAGGGGACUAGAUCGGCAGGCUAGUAGCCGGGAAAGGGGCCCUGGUCGACAAGCUGGUAGCAGAGAGAGAGGCUCAGAUCGGCGACCUAGUAGCCGAGACAGAGACCCAGUCAGAAGGCCUAGUAGCCAGGAAAGGGAACUGCACAGGCAUGAUGUAGGUCUUGGAGGCAGUACUGAAAAUUUACCUCCAUUUCGUGAUGAACCUCGCAGGCCUCCAUGGGCUUAUGGAGAUUCAGGCAUAGAAGAAGGACAUCCAUUUGACUACAGAGAUGUUCCACCGUUAGAGCGCAGGAGAUUGGAGGAUUGGGAAAGUGACAGAUACUGGCCUGAACGUGACCGCCGGUAUCAUGAUGGUCCUCCUGAUCCAUAUGAGAGAGAUGAUUCACUAGCACAUCAUCGCCCAUUGCCCCCUCUUUCACCUCUUCCCCCUCUCCCUCCUUUACCUCCAUUGUCUGCAGACCUUGACAGGCGCAAACCACUUUGGGAUGACUGGGAAAGGCCAAUGGCUAGGGAGAGGGAGAUGGACAGAGAUCAGGACAGGAUCAGAAGACCCUUGGAUACGUAUGAUCGUGAAUUUGAAAGAGACUGGGACAGAGAUUACAUAAGACCACUGAGUGACAGAGAUACACUGAGUCGUGAUCUAGACAUACCUCCUCUCCCACCUUUGCCUCCCCUUCCACCACUUCCUCCUUUGGACAGGUAUCGUGAUGAACGAUGGAUGGAGGAUAGAGACAGAGAUUUCUAUGACCAAGAUCCUAGAGACAGAGGUGAACUUAGAAUCAGAGAGUAUCCUGAUACAUGGAGGGAGCCAUCUGACUUUCCUACUGACAGGAAGGAUUGGGAGAGGAAAAGACUUCCAGAGAAGUGGUAUCCAGAGGACAUGGACAGAUUCCCAUCUUUAGAGGAUCAUAUGGAACCGCCGCCUCUGCCACCACUCUCAUCUGACAUACUGGGAGAAGAGCCAAAUUCAACGUCUAAGCAGUCACUAGGAGGAGUAAUGGUCCUUAGUCAAAGGCAACAUGAAAUAAUCUUGAAGGCUGCCCAAGAGUUGAAAAUGUUAAGAGAACAGAAAGAACAGAUGCAGAAGAUUCAAGACUUUGUUCCUGAGCCUAAUCUGCCACCACAGGAAAUGGCCAGAGUCCAAAGUACAAGGCAGGAGAGCUUUCAGGCUUCUUCUGAAAUGCAGCCUGAAAUACCAGUAGAGGAACAACCCAUUACACCAUCUCCAGCUGUAAUUAUAAAGCCACCAGUCUUGUUUCGGAAGCCCACCCCAGCACCCAAGGUAACUACCCCUGUAGCAAGGGUUUCUGCCCCAGCAGUGAGGGCACCCGUUCCAGCCAUGAGGCCACCUGUGCCAGCCGUCAAGGCCCCUCUUCCCAUGGCCAGGCCUCCGGCUCCACCUGUGCAGCCAAACGCUCCAGCCCCCAUCUCAACUGCAGCAGCCACUCAGGUUUUGGCUCCUGUGGCGAAGUCGUCGCUUGCUGUGAACCAAGAGCGUUGGGACGAAGAUUCUUUCCAUGGACUUUGGGAUACCAGUGAAGAUAAAGGAAUGAAAUCAGAGUACGACUUAACUAAAUCAGAGCCCUCAUCAGUCCCAGCAGCCUUUGCAUCAGGUAUGCCACAGCAUUCCAAGCCACCAGUUAUUCAUCAGACUGUCGACUAUGGACAUGGCCAUGGCCGCGGUCAAGAUAUAACUGCCAGUAAAGGUGGACACAUUCCUUAUGGGGAGAGAAUAACUCUGCGACCAGAUCCUCAUGAGAGACAGUCUUUUUCAAAAGAGCCUCCAGGCCAGAGAGAUCGAUACGCCAAGGAGAGAGAUAGUUACUUUGAGCGACAAAAUAAUACAAAUACAGACCAUAGAGAUUUCAGAAGAGAACGAGAAUCCUAUAGAGACCGUAGUUCUGGAGACCAUGAACGGGAAAGAUUUGACAAAGAUCGUUAUCCUCGAGAAGACAGGCCAUCUCCUUCAAGAAAUCAAUCUUACCGUGACAAAGACCAUUCAAACUCAAGGAGGGGGGGAUUUGAAAGACAGUCGUAUGAAAGAAAACCGGAUCGUCCUCCAUAUGAUCAUGGGCCUGUGUUUGGAGGUGACAGGAGAAAUUACCCUGAGGAGAGAAUGCCUAUUUCUGCCCCAUCAAUACCCCGACAACCACCUCCUGCACCACGUGUAGAGAAGAAACCAGAAUCUAAAAAUGUGGAUGAUAUACUGAAGCCACCUGGACGGGAGAGUAGGCCAGAGAGGAUUGUCAUUAUCAUGAGAGGAUUGCCUGGCAGUGGAAAGACACAUGUUGCUAAACUCAUCAGGGAUAAAGAAGUGGAAUGUGGAGGAGCUGCACCGAGAGUGCUCAGCCUGGAUGACUAUUUUAUCACUGAAAUAGAAAAAGAGGAACGAGACCCAGAUACAAAGAAAAGAGUGAAAAAGAAGGUUUUGGAGUACGAAUAUGAAGCUGAUAUGGAAGAGGUCUACCGUGCCAGCAUGUUCAAAACCUUCAAAAAGACUUUGGACGAUGGGUUUUUCCCCUUCAUUAUCCUUGAUGCCAUCAAUGACAAAGUGCGUCACUUUGAGCAGUUCUGGAGUGCUGCAAAAACAAAAGGGUUUGAGGUCUAUGUGGCUGAAAUAAGCGCAGACAACCAGACCUGUUGCAAGAGAAACGUCCAUGGACGCAAGCUCAAAGAAAUCAACAGGAUGGCUGAUUAUUGGGAGAUGGCGCCUCGUCACAUGAUACGUUUAGACAUUCGUUCUUUGCUACAAGAUGCUGCUAUCGAAGAGGUGGAGAUGGAGGAUUUUGAUGCCAACAUUGAAGACCAGAAAGAAGACAAGAAAGACCCAGAUGAAGAAGAGAGUGAACUGGGUUACAUUCCGAAAAGCAAAUGGGAGAUGGAUACUUCUGAAGCAAAACUAGACAAAUUGGAUGGGCUGCGAACUGGUGCUAAGCGGAAACGUGAUUGGGAGGCAAUUGCCAGCAGAAUGGAAGAUUAUCUUCAGCUUCCAGAUGACUAUGAUACCCGUGCUUCUGAACCUGGAAAGAAGAGGGUGAGGUGGGCAGACCUCGAAGAGAAGAAGGAUGCAGACAGAAAAAGGGCCAUUGGUUUUGUUGUCGGACAGACAGAUUGGGAGAAAAUCACUGAUGAAAGUGGUCAUCUUGCUGAAAGAGCCCUCAAUCGCACCAAAUAUAUCUGAUACGAUUGUUUCAUGGGAUUUUUUUCCUACCUUUUAAGGUAAGUGUUAAGCCUCUUUUGUCUUUAAUG